AUGUCUGACGGACGAGCUCGCGCAUGCUUCUCACUCAUCCGAAACCUGUUCUUGGCCCUCGUUCUCUAUGCAUUGAUCUAUACCACUAUCCACCUAGCACAAGAUCCGUCAGCCAGACAAAAGGCACGCCAGAAAGUCGCUCUCCUCGCAGAUGCCAAAACGGUGACACAGACAAAGUCGGGCAAUGUCCAGAUCAAACUCGCUGGUGCAUCGCGCACCGUAACCAUCAACCCUCACGUCAAUGUCUUCAACCGUCCUUCGAGCGCUGUCGUUCCGCGCGACGACUUNUUUGGCCCCAGACCUCAUGUCGACACCGAAGCCGACAUUGACAUGCUUGUAAAAGAGUGCAGAGGCUCAUACGAAGGCGUCGAGAAGAUGAGGGAUGUUUUCAGUUGCUUAGAGUUCCUGUCGGGAGCCGAGGACAAAUACUANCCUUUGCCAGAACAGGUGGAUCGUGCAAGUGAACAAGACCCUAGAGCGGCAGAAUACUUGAACGCAGAUGGACAUGGAAACACACUGAUGGAAUACGUGUCGGUCAGGGAUGCNAAAACUCCUUCAAAGACAAAUCUCGGAACUUGUGCUGGGCCCAUCAUUCCUUACCACGUCUACUGGGCUGGUCCCGCAACAUGGCGUCUCGAAGUCUUUGUCAAGUCCUACCUCUACACACAAAACUUGCCUUGUAGUCGACUCUGGCUCUGGGCAGAUACCGAUAGAGCUCCUGAUGCUGUCGACAAGUUGUUGAACCACGAUGCUCUAUUUGCUCGUUUCUUGCCGCUGGUCGAGAGAGGCGACAUCAGAGUGGUACCCUGGAAAUUCCCUACAAGAAUGCCUCUGCCGAAGGAGUUUGACAAUACAGAUGGCGUGGGCUAUUACAAGACGAAGGGGAAACCAAAUGCCAAGGGUGAAGUUGCAAUUGCAGAUGGUCUCAUCGAGGACGCCAAUGGUCAGCAAUGGAUCACUCUCACACCAAAGCAAAUGACUUUCUUCCCUCAGGCAAUCUCCGACACAGUGCGCUUCAUCAUCUUGCAUCAACAUGGUGGUGUAUAUCUGGACAUGGAUGCACUGAUGCUCCGCGACAUGCGACCUUUGCUCAUUCCCAAGAAACACGACUUUGCCGAACGAUGGGGAGCCCAUAACAACCCAGGAGACUACAACACUGCCAUCAUGUCUUUGUCUGCGAACACAUCACUUUCCAGCUAUUUGCUACGAGGAGGUGUACGCAUGGGUCUCAACUUCCAUCCUCGAGUCAUCGGUCGUAUGAUCUGGAAGGAAGGUCGCGAUCUUGAGUUUCCUAUGCUAGAAACUGCUGCUUUCGACCCCAUUUGGACUGAAUUCAAUUGGGAUCGUCAAGGUCGCUGUACAGUGCCUUGUUUACGCGACUACAGCGCCGUCUUCAAAGGCAAAGCCAGCAGUCUGAAAGAUGAGUGGGAGAGCUACGAUGGUCCUCAAUUGAAGCGUCUGAACCUCAAUUCCACAUCUGCACACAAAGAAGGCAUUCUGUCUCAAAUGUCGCAAUCACUACGCUCUGCAAAGUUCCCCCGAGAAGUCAAACCCGACACUGCCUCGUCUCCCGACCACAUCAACAUCACUCCCAUGCCCGGUCCCAUGGACAGUUUCACCAGCAGCAAAUCCGAAAUCGCCGCUCUCAAACAAGCCGGCAUUGUCAAAGACUACAGGCUGGAUGAAGACAAAUACCCACCCAACAAUCGCACGCUCGAGAACUUUUUCCGUGGCGCCUGGACAUACCAUAUCCAUAAUCAAUGGUUGAAAGAGCCGGAGCCGAGUUCAUGGUUAGAUGUUUUGCAAUCCGCUCAUGAUGGCUUCUUUUCUGGCGAGAGAGUCAAUCCGUAUGGAGAGAAGUGGACAGGGCCAGAAGUGUUGGCUUAUAAUGAAUGGAGCGAUAUGGUGUGA